AUGAGCCUUAGAAGAAUCAAGGUGCAGGCAUCUAGAUACUUUACUCGUCGUGGAUCUUGUAUAUUAUUUGUUAUCCUGAUAUGGUUCCUCUUUUAUCAUCUUCCAGCUCCGCCUUCCACCCAGAACAAUACCCGCGCAGACCGACCACCCCCAGAGCAUCGAGUAGAGGACACGGCCCGAUUUAUCUACCACUCUCCCUUUCGAAGCAAUCCGGAUAUUCAAUAUGAGCAACAGCUAUCAAAUGCGCUGGAGGAGAUUGAAAAAGCCGUAUUGACACAAAGUGAGGAAAGCAACAUAUCCAAAGAUAGAAUCUGGCAGAUAGCGAAGAGUCAAAAGGAUAGGGGGGAGGACUCAAUAGUAUUCAAAGGGAGAAAUAAGGACUGGAUAUACACUUUAGUCACUGAUAAAAAGGCCGUCGAGUUUGUGACCAACGAGCUAUCCGCCAUCCCCGAAAUCGCAACCAUAUACAAAUCCUACCCUCAAAAUAUCCUCCGAGCAGACCUCCUCAGAUACCUCCUUCUCUGGUACUACGGAGGCUUCUACGCAGACAUCGAUGUCUUCCCCGCUCGGACCAUCAAAGCAUGCCCAGCACUAGAGCCUUUCUUCGGACUCACACCGGACGGAUACACAAAGAGUACCCAUCCCGAUGUAUCGCUCGUUGUUGGAAUUGAAGUCGACGAGCCAUACGCUUCAUCAGAAUUCAUGCGCGACUGGCACUGGACAAGGAGCUACGGACUGAUCCAGUAUACGAUGUAUGCACCACGACGCUUCAGCCCGCUUCUCCGCGAAGCCAUCGUGCGGGUGCUGGCACAUACUAGGCAAUACAAUGGUGAACAUACCAGCUUCUUCCCCAGUCUGGCGUAUGACGAGAAGACUAUAUUAGGAGUCACGGGGCCUGAUGUCUUCACGGAUGCGAUUCUUGAUACACUUUCCUCCUCGCUUCCUUCGACUCAUCCGUUCAUUCAACAAUCUGUCGACGCAGAUGCAGAUAUAGGGGAUCUCGUCUCUGCUGAAACUGGGGAGUUGCAGAAACGGGUAACGUGGGCUCCGUUUCAUAGACUUCGUGACCCUGUUUGCAUUCAGGCUGGUGAGGCUGUCACGAAAGAAUCCAUGGGUGGAUUGUGUGUAUUGCCAAUCAGUGUUUGGGGGAAUGGGCAGAGACAUAGUGAGGCGGGAGGGUUUAAUCAUCCUGACGCAUGUGUCAAUCAUCGGUUUGGGCGGACGUGGAAGAAGGGGUGGUGGGAGUAUAUAUUUGGGUGA